UUAGGCAGAAUUUAGAGAAUACAAACUGUGCGUACACUUCGUGGAAGUGACAUCAAGACGGUGUGUGUUUGUGUGUUUUUGCACGAGUGUAAGAGAAGUGUCUAGAAACGACUUAAUAAAGUGUCUCCUACACACUUGAUUUCAUUUAUUGUAGAGUAAAAGAGUUAAAGGGAGGGAGGACAGACACUGUGGCGGCCACGGAGAGCUGUCACUUUCUCUCUUUCUCUCUCUCCCCCUCUCUCUCUCCCUCCCUGUGUGUGUGUGUGGAGAGGGAUUACCAUUACGCACGUUAUGCGGAGCGCAGCUUUUGAUGCGCUCAGUCGGGAGAUGUGCAGCGGGGAGCAGUGAUCGUCAGCGCGGACACUCAGCGACACACGCGGCCCAGCAGCGGAGAGGAGUCCGCCGUGUUGUUCUGCACAUCACGGCGACAUUUCAGCGAACCGUGCGUUGAAUUCACUUUGGCUUCUGCGCCCUCGUUUGCUGGGUGCAGUGAAAGUCAAAGAUGCGCACCGCUGAACAAAGGGUUUAGAGGGUGACAAUCUCUGGCACGUUUCUACCCUGACACUCCGGUGCUUCCCCCCCACGUUUGGACGCGUCAAGACCCGGGAUUUAUGCCGAUCCCGCCAUUGAGGACAACGGAGUAACCGGGUCCCUCCGGUUUGAAGCGCGGAGCAGGAGGAAUCAUCUGAUCGAGCGCCGCUCCAUGUGGAUGGGGAGUGAAAAGGCAAAGACGGCUUGUUCCGAAAUGUGACAUUUUUUCUUGAAUCAUUUCUCCAAUUAAACCUGACGACCGUGCGUCUGCCUUCGCUCUUGAUCGGAUUUGUUUACAUCGAUAAAGAAAUGGCGUUCCACCCUGUCCUCCUCCUGCUGUUGCUGACUGUUGCUCAUCGUGCCAGCAGUCAGGACUCUGAGGACUCUGAGGCUCUUCCAAGAGGCUGUGGCUGGGGCCUCGUGCGUCCCUACACCCUCCUCUGCGACCUGGACUCCAUCUGGGGUGUAGCUGUUGAGUCUGUGGCUGCAGGCGGGACCCUGGCGGCCAUCUUACUAGCUCUUGUCCUGCUGUGCCGUUUACGCCACAUCAGUGAGGCUGAGAAGCGCAGCGGCGUGGGACCCAUCCUCCUGCUCCUCCUUGGCAUCCUUGGCUUGUUCGGCCUGAGCUUUGCUUACCUGAUUGAUCAGGAUGAGUCGUUAUGUUUGCUCCGCAGGGCCCUGUGGGGUCUCCUGUUUGCUGUCUGCUUCUCCUGCUUGCUAGUGCAGGGUGUCCGUCUGCGCCGGCUAGGCCGGGAGCGUCGGAGCCCUGGUGGCUGCGCCCUCACUGGCCUGGCGCUGGGUUUGAGUGCUGUGCAGGGCAUCAUUGCUGCAGAGUGGCUACUUCUGACCGUGCUGCGGGAGGGACGAGCUGCCUGUCAGUACCUUCCUCUGGACUUCUCACUAGCCUGCAGCUACGUCCUAGCACUCCUACUGGCCGCACUGACUGCCGCCUCCUUGGCCCUGUGUGGGAAGACACGCCAGUGGCGCUGCAACGCCAUUUGGCUGCUGUUGACCUGCCUGCUGUCGUUGCUGCUGUGGGUGGCUUGGGUGGGCUUCUACCUGUACGGAAAUGCCUGGCUGGGGAGAUCCCCGGACUGGAAUGAUCCAGCACUGGCCAUCGCUUUAGUCGCUCAGGGCUGGCUGCUGCUAAUCUUCCAUGCCAUUCCUGAAUCCCACAUCUGCCUGAGACCCCCACCGCAGCCCACUGCCCCGGACUACUUUGACACCUCCCAGAAUUCAACACGGAUGAGAGAGACCAGCUUUGAUGAAGAUAUCCCUCUCUCUCACAGGCAGUUUGUGGAGAACCAGGGCUACGGAUACAAUGAUGAGAACACUGCAGGCUUGAGGAGCGGUGGUGGUGCCGGGCAACACAACAGUAACACUGGCGCCAGGCCCAGCGCUCCUUUCCGCAGCAACGUCUACCAGCCCACCGAGAUGACCAUGAUCCUGAAUGGGGGAGCGGUGAGUACAUCCUCCCAGUCACAGGUACACGCCGCUUACACGCCACUCUCUCAUUCGACCACGCCGACGAGACUGCAUGCACAUUUGUGCGUUUCCAGACCGUACGCCAUUGCACAGGAAUGAGGGAGAGGUGUGAGUGUGUGCGUGCAUUAUCACUUUGCGUGUGUAUGUUCACGUGCCUGUGGGUAUUGUAUUUAGUGGACACAUGCAUGGAUGGGUUUGUCACAAAUGGUCACUCAUCUGAUAUUGAUUUGUGUAUGGUUGCUUGUAAAUGAGCCACAGUGCUAUCUAUCCACUGAACGAUUGGACUGCCAAACAAAAGUUCAGCACACCGCCCACACACCACUGGAAGUGCUGAAGCAAAACUCUCUACUCACUGA